AUGGCGCAAAAGCACCAACUCUUCCGAACCUUCUGGUGCUAACACGGGUAGCGAGGCACGAUUUAUCGUCGUCUCUUUAAAAAAAUCGCUGUGGUUGCCUUGCCUGACCAAACAUGGCGAGCUCUCUACGACACGGAUUCAUCAAAGCCCGAUCACCUCUUCUCUCCCGGACGAGAUGGUUCUCCUCGUCGCAAUCUCAGGCGGUGGUGGAGACCAAGAUUCCCGACGUCGGCAUCAUCUCUGGAAUCCCCGAACAGCAUCUCAAAAGAAGGGUCGUAAUAUAUUCUCCUGCUCGAACUGCAUCACAGCAAGGUUCUGGGAAAGUUGGGAAAUGGAAAAUUAAUUUCCUUUCUACGCAGAAGUGGGAAAAUCCAUUGAUGGGUUGGACUUCCACUGGUGAUCCCUAUGCCAAUGUGGGUGAUGCAGCACUGAGUUUCGAUAGUGAACAAGCUGCAAAGGAGUUUGCUGAGAAACAUGGCUGGGAUUAUACGGUCAGGAAGCGUCACACACCACUUCUAAGGGUCAGGACUUAUGCAGACAACUUCAAGUGGAAGGGGCUGCCAAAGAGCGAGGAGAAGUGAAUUGUGUACUUUCUAGAUCCCAAAGCUCUUAGGCCUGUGAGUGCCUGAGCUUAGUUUUUUAUCCCAUUAUGGUUUUCCUAGACUCUGGUUUAUUUCUUAGUUGUGUUGUUGUCUAUGCUUA